CUAAAAAAAAUUAUAUAAAUUUGAAUUUUCAUAAAUCAAGACCCACCCUUAAACACAUUAUCUCUCAAAUUCUAACUAAAAUACUAUCCAUAAAAAAACUAACACCAAAAAAAAAUCUAACUCCAAAUUAACGCUCUUCCAUGUUUACUCUAUCCAUAUCCUAAUCCUUUCCAUAGAUAGCCAUAUACCUAUGAAUUUAGCAAUAAUAGCUAGAGUCCAGGAAUUCUUCUGAAAUGCAUAUGUUAGCGAUCUCAUCUAAGACUUCCACAUUAAAAUUACCAACCGAUUUCCACGUUUUAACUUUUUAUCCCUUUUUAACUUACCAUAAAGAUGGCCUCCCCAUUCCAAUUGUUUUAUCCCUCCCCAACCAAUUCAACUGUAAAACUAGAUUUGUUCUUUUAAACUCCAUGUACGAGGAGUAUUGAUGGGAAGUUCUUGGUUGCCUCGUUCAGAGCGCCCAAUGUGGUUCUUUGAGUUCUUAACUGUCUUACUCCUUUCAUUGUUCAACUAAAACAAAUUUUAUUCUUCUGCACUUUAGUUGGUUGCAUCGUUCAAUGCGCCUGAUACUAUGUCAUGGUCUGCGUCUUAUUCAUCAUUCCUAAUUUUCCAUUACGUUCGCAUCUGCAUUCAUCUUAUCUACCUUAUUUCACUCACGAUUCAACGUUUCAACAUUCUUCUCCCAAAAUAAUAUUAUUUUUUAGAACUGUAUAAGGAAACUAUAUCCGAAGCAAGACAGCAAUAUCCUAAAAGAUAUAAAAUAUUAGGGUUUUAUCGCAAGGGACAGGCAGAAAUUCCCUUAAAAGACUUUCUGUAAAAUCUACUACAUUCUCUCUGAAAACUGUAUCCAUUCGUCAGAAGUUGCCUGCAUUUAACAGCUUUUCCUUUCGAAAAUGGCAUUUAAGAUAGAAUAUAAGUGGUUCUUUGCAGUAAUGAUGGGAAUGGCGAUCAUCAUGUUUGCUGGAACUGGCAUGGCUACUGCAGAAGACACAGAAGGAUCGAAAUCACUGCUCUCUAUGACACAAGCUACUACUCAGGCGCCAUUUCAUGUCCACUUGGCAAGAAUAACAGAAAGGAAAUCACGGCCGUCGGAUAGUGUUGAAACUGUAUUAGCUGAGAUGCCGAUAACUGAGCAGGCGGCUUUGAGAGACGCGAUCUUCUUCUUGUUCUUUUUACUCUUUCUCACUUCUCUGGUUAUUCUCUGGUUAUUCUCUGCAUCAAAGUUAUAGUAACUUGGCGUUCGAUUUAGAAGCACUCUGGGAUAUCAUCAUUUUUUUUUUCGCUAUUUUGAAACAAUCCAUUUCUUCAAUUUUAUGCAAAAUGCCAAGGUCUGCUAUAAAUUCUUGUUCCCUGAUUUUGAAAUGCAUUUAAGGCAAGGAAGCCAGAAAUCGGCUUUGACUUGAAGUCAAUGUUUGCUAAAUUUAUCCCAGACGGUUCAACUUGAUAAGUUUUACUUCAA